GCCUGUCAGUAUCAGUUUGCGGUUGGUUAGUGGUGAAGUGAGUGUUUCUAGUGGUUACUGUUCACUGAUAAUGAUGGCGUUGACAGUGCGGCUACUGGUGCCAUUGUGUCUUCUGAUUGUGGGAUGUCUUGGCCAGAAAGUGCAAGAGACAAGGACAAAGCUGCAUGUAGCCAGGAGUCUCGACCCUGCGUCCAUGGAAGAAAUGCAGGUGAAGAGUAGAACAGGAGAAAUUGCGACAAUAUUGGUCAAGAAGAGAGACGGCAGACAACACUUCCCUUUUGUAAAAGAAAACAUCAACCACACGGAAAACAAAACUAGUAGUUUAAACACUACAGUCGUGAAGAACGAAAAUGUCCCCCAAAACGUUCCGAAACCAGUUGUUGUGUCAUCGGAACCGAUAAAUACUAAAGAUGAAAAAGAGAUUAGCCCGGUUAGUAAUGAGCCAAAAGAAUCUGUUAGAGACUCCAAAAACCAAGCUGUGCCUCAGCCGGUUUUCGUAAGAUCGACACAAGUAUUUGUGAAAGGUCAGCAAAAAGAUAGCAGUGACUGGGAAAACAGAGCGCGCAGCUUGAUGACGGUAGACUCUGACGGCAUUCCGGUAAUUGAGGGAGUCAGAAUGCCUGAUGACGAGAGUGAUAAAGUUGUAUGGAGAAAUGCUCGCGUUAUCGAUGGAAAACUCACACCUUAUGAUAAGAAUCAGCCCAAGCAUACUUUUGACGUAAAGUACAAUACUGAAAAGAAGAAAUUCAAUCCUCAAUCAACAUCGACAGUUCAGUGGGUCAGAGUAGAACCUGUCAAGCAGACUGUUCCAAAGGAAAGCUACAAUUCAUACAAAGGCCCCUGGAGUCAAGCUCCAGUCCUUCCUCCACCUGUCCAAGAGAAGUUCAAGCCAUCGGAAUUGAUCGCCGUUGUGACAACUCCAAGUGCUCAAGAGUGGUAUGAAUUCCACCAUCCUCAGCAACAGAACGUCAAAAUAGUCGACGAGCCGACUUCAUACCUACCCGAAAACGAAAUGUACGUACGAGACAGAAUUCUAGAUUACAUCAAGAAAAUCAACCGCGAGGAGGUGAACAAAAAACAAAAUAUUUUCAACGCUGAAAGAGAAUCUCGAACUGUAAAAGAAGCUGCACAUCCACAAAUUCAAGCCCGAGUGCUACAGAAUCCAGGAUCACCUGUGUAUCCUACCUCACUUCUGUACUCACCUCCAAGCCAACAACCAUCUAGAGUUUCUUUCGAGGAAGGAGUCCGAACUCCAGUACUCCAGUACGCCCACCCGGAACUUGGCGUCCAGCCGGCAAAAGUAGCUCCUACUCCAGACAGCGAAUUGGCCGACGCAAAACUUUCAGACAGAAGAGAACAAGCCCUGGCAUACUUCGCUCACGACAUUCACGCAGAUAGAAGUCCUUACGCUUUCGAGCCCGGUCUAGAAGACGAAGCUAGAGUCGAAGACUUCAGCAACAACGGGAAACGUUCUCACAGCGGAGUUCCUCAAAGGCCGAAGAAAACUUUACCAUACUUCUACGCAGAUCAGGCUGUCACUGAUAACUACCGGGACAAAUACUACAGUAAAUACAGUUACAGCUCCAACAGCCAUCCAACUUACAGUGCCUACCAGAGCUCUGUAGACAAUAGACCGUUCUGGCAGAGGAUGAGUGACUCCAUCAAAGAACAUGUUCAAACCAGCAUGGACAAGGUCAGUGACCUUACCAGGCCUGUGAUGGAACCCUUGGUGGAAGCUACACAUAAGAUCUCCAAGAACUUGGGGUUGGAAUCUACAGGGUACAGGGAACUUAACACAAUCAAGGAGAAGCUGGGGAUGGCUGGAACACCGUCUGUGAUUUUCCCAGCGCUAGGACUCGUGGCCGGAGGAGCGGCUUUGGGCUUAGGAGCGGUCGCAGUGGGGAGGUAUUUGGAUGUCGACAUGCUUAAGAGGAGCAAAGGGUCUGACGGGGCCAUUGACGACGACCUAUCCGCGGAACAUAAAAGAGCGAUGGAAUCCAUAGCAAGAACUCUGGCAGAAUCUCCGUCCGUUGUGGAAGGGAGAAUCGUCGUUCCGGCAGAGGCGAAGGAAGCCGAGGAGGUCAUCAGGGUUGUCGAGGCGGCUGAGGAACAGAGGAAGGUGGAAGAAAAGACGCGAAGGAGGAGGUCUGUAGACCCUGAUGAAGCCAUGGAAGCGGUUCUGCAGAGUCUGGACUCUCAGAGAACCUACGAGGGGUCCAUGCCAUCCCAUGCGGUCUGGAGUACGACUCCGUGCGCAAAGAAGGUGUUCUGCGAGGUGAUGACGGUGCAAAGUGACGAUGCGGUCAUCCUCACGGAGAAGAAGAUGGAUACGUAUUUAAAAAUGAUCGACCCCGCCAUGGCGGCUACGGUCGGCUACCAUCUCGAUGACGUCAUGAGAGCGGUAAGACACAAGGACUGCUCGACGUUCGUCUGUCCAUCGGUCACCCCACGGGAGCUCGCAGAAUACCCAGGACCGAGAUAAACGGGGUGUGGCGGAACUCCUUGACUGUUUACAAUUAAGGAGGAGAGAAAAAAUCACUGGUGUAUACCUAGAAACAGGAGGAUACUUAAAACAUGUAUAGCUCAUGUGAAUUACAUGUUUAUGUUUCCUAGUAUUGUAUUUAAAGAACACAUUUACUCGCAAAAUUUUGCAUCCACAGAAUACCUGAUGUAAAAAAUUGGAAUUGACUUUUUAGUAUUUGAUCGAAUUAGAAGCAACAAUAAUGUUUUGCCUGUCGCAAAAUAUCUUAAGCUACCUUUGCAGUAGGUGCUGAGAUUUGGUUCAGCUUUUUUUCUUAUUCCACUCUAUAAAAAUGUUAGUUAAGUAGGCCGUAGCACGAAAGAUCUGAAGAUGUAUUUUCAAAGUUGAAUAAGUUUGACCAGAGGUAUUUUGUGACAUUAAAUUAUUCUUCCCCCAGCGUUUGGUCAAAAGAAUUGCCUAAUUUGUUGGGAUAUUAAAUUUGUGGCCAACAAAUCACCAAACGAGAACAAGUUAUCAAUUCUAAACUUAGAUUGACAAUGCUUUAGUAAAUUAAUAUGAAAUUUUACUUAACGUUUGGUCAAUAAAUCAAAUUAAAUAAUUAUCAUCGAAUAAGUAAGUUAGAGCCAAUUGAUCAGCAAAAAACACGUAAUCAAUUUGUUGUACAUAUAUUUCACGUGUAGAAUAUUUUUUUGUACUUUGUAAGUUGUAGAUUAUAAUCUAAAUAUUUAUUUACUUGAUUUAAAUCACUAUGUAUUAAAACACUACUGAAAUACCUUAGUAGUUUAUCCUCUAUUUGGUAUUUUGUUACAUUUGGUGUAUAUCAGUCCAAUGUUCUUCUUGUUUGUACAUAAUUAUGUUGUGUGUUUCGAUAGUCUCAUCAUGUUUAUCCUACUCUAUGCCAUAGAUAUAUUUAUAAUUCAAUAUUUAUUUAGCACUCUAAAUUUCCAACCAUGGAUUCUUUCCAGAGUAUUGUUUGAUGACGCAUAUAUAGCCUAAUCGAUUAUUGUAUAAUCCAAUAUGCAAGUGCCUAGAUAUUGAAGCACCAAAUAUGCCACUUAUCUACUAAUAAAAUUAAAUUGCCUACACAAAAGCUACAAACUAAGCUUUUCUGAUUGUACAGUUCUAGUCAUAGAUAACGUCCUUUAAUAGUACGAGUGCCAGAUUAUAUAUAUUUAUUCAUGCUUUCCCGAAAUGGCAGACCUAUAUGAUAAAUAAUUUGUCUUCCUUAAAAAUAGACAGCAAUUGUUAACUCCCUUGACAAAAAUAAUGAAAUUACUCUAAACUAAUAUUUUUAACAAUUAAUAGCUUAUAUACCAACUCUCUAUUAGUUUUGAUGAGUAUAAAAUCCUAUAGCCGACAUUACAGACUAUUCCAAAGUUUAUUUUCACCUAUUAAAGUGUUUUCUUGGCUAAACACCACCUUGGGGUUGUUUUAGUUCUAAAAUAAUAUACCAGGGUAAAAAUCUUAACAAACGUCAGGAAAUUCAUGUAACAUUACCGUAAGGAAACUUGCAUACACAUUUACCUCCAAAUUGUACAUUUAUUCCUCAUCUAUUCUUCUGGUCACUAGUUACAGUUGGUCAUUAAUGUUUCUUAGUUAAUUUAUUCUGCUAUUUUCCAUUUAAUCUAUUCAGCCGAUCCCAGUUAAUUUUUCGACUGCUCCCUUGUUCAUCCGUUUCGCCGAUUCCUAUUGCAUUUUCCUCAAAUCUUUGUUCAUUAUCCAAGUAUCACCCUGUUAAUCUGUUCAACUUUUUCCCAGUUCAUCUGUUUCACAUUUGUAGCUCAUUUGUUCCAGUGUUCCCUAGUUCAUCUGUUCCACUGUUCCAACACGGCCGAGCCCCUUCCGUUUCCUUCUGCUUUCACUCAUUUGCAUUCCAAUCAAUUUUAUUGGUCAAAUCAGAACAUAAUUUGGAUCUGCUGAACGGUCGAUUUUGGGGGAUCGCGCCAUUCAGUUUAAUUGUUCACAAGUCAACGAUACAAUCUGUACCUAUAUCAAGACCAGUUAGUUCCUUUUGCAAAAAAACACCUUUUUUAUCUGGCACGAUUUUUAACGUAUUAGUAUUUGUAUUCCAAUAUACCGUAUAACUCUUCAAUUCUUCUUUAUAGCUUUAUAUAUCUUCUUAGCAUUACGUUAACUAUUGUAAAUAUUUAAACUCUAGCUUUGUAAGUAUUGUGUAUGUAAAUUAUUUGAAAGUCAGGUGUAUUUAUCAAAAUACAAUGUGUGGUUUGUU